UAUGGUUUUACCAGGAUUUCUCAUAACGCUGGUCUGAUGUGAAUUCGUGAGAGGGAAUUCACAAACUUUUCAGAACACUGGUUUCAUUUUUGGUGAUCCGGACAAUCUACUAACAGCAUAAAUCAUCGAGAAAUCAGACGAUAUUAUCAAGAUCAAGUACAUUUCAGCUUCCCACAAUCAUGAAAACAAGAAAAUGGAGAUAAAACGAUUAUUUUGCUGGGAUUGCAGCCCAUUUCUGAGCUGUCCUUGAGGAUAGAUCGGUGGACUGCAUGGAGAAGAAUGAAGGCCAAAUGUCUUCAAACUGCUUUUUCCCUGAAGACCACACAAGGCAGAACUUUGCCCUUGGCCAGAGGGAAGUGAUUUAUUUUUGUGUGUUAUUUUUUUCCUAAUAAAGUGCUCGAAAAAGCAGCUCAAGUUGCCGGCGAUGUUGGGCGUGCUGUCGCCGUGAGCCACGUCUGUGCAGUGCUGCCCCCUGCAGGAUCUCGGCAGAAUGAACAGCCUGUUCUGGUGGGCCUUGCUUGUGGCCCUGCGCUUCAGUGUAAGCCUGGGCCAAGAUGGUGUUCCACCUCCAGUACCACAGGGGGUGAGAGUGGAGGCAGAUUUUGGCUCACAGGUCCUGUCCAUUUCAUGGGAAAAGGACCCCACUUCCCCCAUGCUGUAUGAUGUCCAGGUCCUCCGCACUGAACUGAUGGAAGUUGUAUAUAACGAGACGAUAGAGAUGAGAGCAGAUUUCCCCGGGAAGGUUUACCGCGUGAACUGGACCUCCUCCGUACCCCUGGAGUGCACCUCCCACUCCGUGCGGCUCCGCUCCCAACACCAGCAGCUCACCAGCGAGUGGAGCCCCCUAGAGACCGUUCUAGGGAUGGACAUACCUAUCAACAGCAAUGCCAAAAUGUACCCCCAGGACAAAGUGGUCCCCGUGGGCAGCAACAUGACGUUCUGCUGCAUCAUGAAGGAGGGGAAUACGUCCGGGAGAUUCCUGUACAAAAGCAGCCACCUGCCGAGCGUCCGGCUGAGCAGGCGGAGCUACGCCUGCACAGUGACCAAUCAGCGGCCCUCCAUCCCCUCGGGGACCAAUGUGCUGUGCGUGGAUGAGGAGCAGGGCCUGCGCGCAGGCUCCGGCGCCGUGGUGUUCGUGGGCUUUCCUCCUGGUGACGAGAGCUUGGUGUGUGAGACCAGAGACCUGGUGUCCGUGGAGUGUGAGUGGAGCACCGGGCGGGACACGCACCUGAAGGGGGUGUCCCGCCAGACAUACUACACCCUCAACGGAAGGAACUGCACAGAUGCCAAUAAACGAGCCUUUGGUGGUAAGAAGGUCAGUAGGCUGCAAUGCCAACUGAGUGUGACCUUGGAGCAGGGGGAUAGAAACUGGACCCUAGUAGCCAAAAACCCCCUUGGUACAAUCCAGCUCACUGACACGGCAGACCUGAAUCACAGAGUGCGGCCCCGUGCUCCGCUGGGGGUGACAGGCGAGGUGCGCAGCCGGAACGCCAGCCUGCGCUGGCGCUGGGGAACGCGCGGGUACGCCACGCUGCCCCUGGAGUGCCAGGUGCUGGUGAACAGCAGCGAGGAGGGUUCACGCACGUUUGAGUCCUCUGGCCGAGGCCUGACGCAGGCCGUGGUGCAGGGCCUGCAGCCUGACCUGGUGUAUGCUGCUCGAGUCCGCUGCCGGCUGCGUGGAGCGCUCUGGAAGUGGGGCGAUUGGAGCUCGGAUUAUACCCUCAAGACCCAGGAGGAGUGUGCUGAUGCUCUGGACAUAUGGGCGUGGAUGGACACAAACCAAACUGGGUACAUCAAGUGGAAACCCCUACCAAAGCGGCAGAGCCACGGGCAGAUCUUGGGUUACCAGGUGACUUACGGCAGACCAGGCCAGGAGGACUGGCAGACGCUCUCACUCCCGCCAACCAAUCACAGCGCCGGCCUCCAGCUCGGCCUCGACGGCGAUUACAUCAUCACGGUCACAGCCCGAAACUCUGCGGGCGACUCGCCUCCCGCCAGCAUCACCGUCCCAAAAUUCGGAGCGGAAAAAGUGCACACCCCCUACAAGGUGUAUGGCAGCGAUGGAGGGUUUGACUUGUCCUGGGCUGCUGAUGUCAACACCACCUGCGGCUACGUGGUGGAAUGGCACCGCACCGGCAAACUGGACUGCAACUGGGAGAAGGAGCCUGACGGAAAUACUAGUGCCAGGAUCGAGUCAGAGAGCUUUGAGGCUGGAGUUCAGUACAGCUUCUCAAUCUACGCCUGCACCCCGGGAGCUCCAGAGCUGCUGGGGAGGAGAGUGGGAUAUGUGAAGGAGCUGGCCCCUGCCCAGCACGUCAGUCGGCUGACUGUACAGCAGUAUGGUUCCGACGCUCUGCUUAGUUGGGAUGAGAUUCCCUUGGAGAAACGGAGGGGGUUCAUCUGUGGAUAUACCAUCUACAUAUCCAAUGGGUCCCACCUUGUUCCAAUAGAGAAUAUAAGCAGUCCUGCCAGGAACCAUACGGUGAAAAACCUGCAGCCGGGCUCGUACAAGUUCACCGUGAAGGCGUACACGUCCGCUGGACCGGACGGUGGGGUCACCGUGUCCCUCAGACUGGACCCGUCCACGGAUUGGCUGGUUGGGGAGAUUCUUAUUGCCCUGGGUGCAAUGAGCGGUUUUCUGAUUCUCAUGACCAUCAUCUGCUACAAGAAGAGGCGAUGGGUGAAGAAGACGUUCUACCCUGAGAUUCCAGAGCCCAAGCUUCAAGAAGAGUGGCCCACCACACCUGGAAUGUUUGUCAGCCGGACUCUAGAUGUGGAGCCCUGUCCGCACAACACAGUGCACAUUGUGGAGAACCCGGAGCGCGAGUCUGGCAAACUGGAGCCCACGGUGGUGCUGGAGGACGAAGUGGAAGGUGACGACAGUUCAGGGGACAGCUCGACCGACACCGACUCCUCCGAUCCCGUCGUUCUCCGAUACUACAACCAGGUGGUGGACGACGGCUCGCGAGGGCCCCCGUCGACAGACUCCUCCGCCUCCUCAUCCACCUCCAUGGCCUCCGCCCGCACGGAUGUUACGUACACCGGGAUCCAGACCUCCCCCUGCUCUUCUGCAGCUGUGGCCCCACUGGAGGCUGUGCAGGCGGGGAGCUACAGGCCUCAGAUGGCCCCGGCACCGGAGCUCCAGGAGCCCCAGCUGGACACGAGCGAGCCAGCUGACCUCCCCCUGCUGGGCGGCUUCGGGGGCUACCAGCCCCAGAGCACCUGGAGGGAGGACUCCCCGGAGUCCCACAGCCUGAACUGCUCCCUGGGCAGCCCCACCUCAGUCAGCUCCUCCCAGUUCCUCCUCCCCGACCCCUCUGCCGAGGACGAGGCCGAGCACGCGCCCUCCACCACCUGGUUUCACAACCUGCUGUCGGGCAAACCCUGAUCCCACCCUUGCCUUGCAGUCUCUUUUUUCGGGACACGGGUUUAUUCACGUUUUAUUUUUUUUGCAUGUUGAAUUCUUAAUUGAAUUUCAAAGUACAUGCUGAGAGAAACACCCCACUGUCAUCGUUAGCACAACAUUAACAAUUGGGUACUUGUGCUCUGCACACUAGGUGUGUGAGAACUAGAGUACUACCAAAAGGGGAGGAAACUAAUGAAAUGGAGUGCGAGUUUCAUUUCAUGGUUAUUUUCAACCAUUUCAUCUGCAGCUGCUGCGCAUUAUGUUUCUAUUUUCCCCACCAAAGCAGUAUUCUACUCUUUUAUUUUAUUUUUGAUUUAUGAGAUAUCCACUUAAAGGAAUUUAUCUGGUGAUUGAUGAUGAAUCCUGUCGUCCACCCAGCUCCCCCAAAUGUUGGUUAAACUCCCAACUAUUGUCUCCAUCGCAGCAGACAAAAAGAUUCACCACAAUAAGCUCAUUAGUAUGUAAAACUGCCAAAUAUUGCCACAGAUCUACACUUCCUAGUAGCCAAAUUGGUUACCUCCCUGUCCUUGUAGUUCGCAUUAAGAAAUUAGCAAGUGAGGCAGCUUUUUUUUCUUAUUCUUAUUAUUAGACUCUGUGGUUAUAGUAUGCUUAUUUCUGUGUUUACCUGUUGAGGCAUUACUACAAAUUACUGUUUUAACUAAUUUUGACUAAAACCUAUUUUAUGACUUUCAGUCCUUGUAAAUUACUUUCAGAUACAUGUUUACCUUUAAAUAUUGUGCUUCCUUGUGAUAUAUUAUUUCCUCAAAGAGAAAUCACUGAACCGAGUUGCAGCCGACAUUUUAUUCAAUCGCUGUUUUUGUUUUGGUAUCAUUUUUGACCUCCGACAGAUGCUGGUUGAGCUUCGGUUGAUCCAGAUCCACUCAUAGUUCACGAAGCAUGUUGUUGACACUAAGCAUCACUCAUACAUAUGUAUAUUUUUACACUAUGUAUUCAACUAUGACAACUGUGAAUGUGUUACUUGUGCACUAAAUGUAAACGGAGCUCAAUCAAUCUGAGUCUUAAAAGGCACGAUGGGUUGUUCGCCUGGGAAAAGUGUAAUAAUGAAAUGUUCAGUGUUAAAUCACCUCUUACAGCAAAUCUGUGUGAUGAGGGCCAUAUCGGUUUCUGGUUUUCAUGCCAACUUCUGGCCUUAAUUACAUAAUUAGCCCCAAUCCCUUAAUUAGCCUAAACCACCCUGUAUGCUAUCUGACUACUUAGCUACAUUUGUUGAUAAAGGCAUGAAUUACAACUGAAGGCUGUUCUUACGUCCCUAUAUGAAAACUCUUGUGAUCUAAUCUACCAGUGAACAGUGUGUACAGCCAGUGAGCCCAUUUAGCCUGGGUAGUUGGUGGAAAGAACGGGCCUACGCCCGGCCCUUCCUUAUAGGGUACAUAUGGUCCCUAUUGGGCUCAUAUGCACUCUUGAUUAACUUCAGCGAUGGGAACAUUUGUUCAUUUUCAUUCAAAAGAUUUGUUCGUUUGGCGCACUCGUUCGUUCACUUGUACUUCCGGAAAGUGCACACAUGGGUCUCAUGUUCAUUGUUCUUCACAGCUUUCAACUGUCGGUUCACAAUGUAAACAAGUUGCCUGUGCGUGGCUACCUCAGACUGUAACUCAGUCCCGUUACGCAAUCGAUUUACAAUUUCCCAUUUUAACAUUAACGUUAAGCCGCAGCCAGAGUGUAAUUGGUUAAAUAACCAUUAUCAUUCCUCCACUUUUAGACAGGAUUUGUUGACACCACUUGCUGUAGCCUAUUUCUUGGAUUGCACCUAAAAAGCAAGUGACUCCCGGUCGGAUCUUGUCAGCCGGCACAGAUCCAGUCUGGAGUCACUUGCUAUGUGGGCAGCUGGUCAAUAAAUUGCUCAUUUGUAUAAUUAUGCUUUGCAGUAUGGAUGAUACUGCACGAAAGCCAUCUGCUUAGUAGCAUAAAUAAUACAUCAACUAUGAAUGGCAUGAAGAAACGUUUAAUCUUCCACAGCUUCAUUUCAGGUCCCUUAAGAAAUUGUAAGCUAGGAGACAUUGUUGUCAAAGUUAAGACAUAUUUAAAAUGGGAAAUAAAAUUUGCUCCAAAAAGGCUCCAAUUACAUUGUAUAUAAUGUAACAUUAGCUAAAGUUUAACAUUAAUGCAAUUAAGACAAUACCUGAAAUAUAUUAUUGCAGCCUACAGAUAGCUAGUUACAUUUCAAUAUGCUACCUAAAAAAAAUAAAUUGAUGCAAUGUACGUUGUGGUCUUUGAAAAACCAUCACUUUUAAUGCAUAGCCUAGCUGACUAUAGUACAGAAAAUUCUAAAUUCAAAGACAACAUUUAGCUAAAUAUUAUCUGUGAUAUCCUAACUAUUCAUCUGGUCCGCGGAAUGGACUUGCGCUGCCUGCUGACGGCAUUAACGUUACGUCUUAUGGCUCAACUGAUCUGUAUUACUGAUCUGAGCUGCAGUUCAACACCAGCUCGUUUGGCACUAUCGUUCAUUGGCUCCGUUCAGUCACGUUUCGCUCACUGGCCCAGUAUGGCUCCCCUCUCGUAGGUACAUACGGUCGUUCGUUUGCGGUUGACUGAUCGGCCUUCACACAAAUGCUGGCCUGAUUGGGGAGAGAGCCAAACUAACAAAUCUUUCACAGAGACUAGUUCGUUCAAAGAUUCUUUCAAAAGUAUUAUUAAGUUUGCAAACUGCCCAUCACUAAUAAACUUCAAUUAACACUGGAUAUACUAUACAAACUGGACUUACUAUACAAACUGAAAAUGUAGAAAUCUGCUCUUGUAAGGGCUGUUGAGUUGAUAUGGGAUUGGAACAUCCAACCAGACUCCAACCAGACAUUUUUCUUUGAAUUCCUUCACAAAUAUAUGUUGCCUUUUCUCCCCAGAGAAGAUAUUAAUAAUUACAAUUUUAAUGAGAUGUUCAUGUCUCACAAUGAUGAGGUAAACUACUGAUCUUUUUUCAAAGAGCAACCCUAAGUACCUUUAAAAACUCACUACUCAGCUGUGUACAGUGGUCUUUGGGAGUGUGUGCUUGUCGCUGAUUGUGCUUCCUCUGACGUUAGGUCUUCUCCAGGUUAUUGAUGCAGGGUCAUCUGGGACUUCAUUCACAUGGACAAACAUGUGAGCGAUUUAAUGUAUUGGCUGUCCGGGCAUGAUGUAAUCCUCAGGACUGGCGCUGGAGUCGGCUAACCAGUGAGCGGGAUUCAAGACGCAGCCUAUAUCAUUCGGGAAAACAGAAGUUUAUGUGGUUUUGACGGACUGACAGAAUUAUUGUGCAUUAUUCUACAUCUGAGCCUUAAACAAUUAAGCUUUAAAUACUACUGUGACAUGGACGUGUCCCUGGGGAAGGAACUGAAGGUAUGACCAACAGGAUGCCUCUGCUUUUAAGGUGUGAUUUGAGGGAUCAAUCCGCAGUUUGGAAUGGAUGACGGGGCUCAUUGUGGAAGGAGAGCCAAGUAUGGAAUUAUUCCAGGAAAAGGCCAGAAUUUUCAUUGUAAAUAGUAGCAUUGAGCAAUCUUCAGCCACAAUGCCCAAUUGUCCUUUCCUUACAGUUUGUGAAGUUACAUAGAUUGUCACUGUGUGUGUUUAUUUGUGCUGUGGUUUAAAGACUCUAGGUCGUAGGCAGGCCUGUGGAGACUAACUGGAACCAGGAAAUUGCUUUUGGUUAAUGUGCAUCUCAGGCAGGGCUCCUCUGGGUCACCUUGGAGAGACUGGCUGCGAAAUUAAGUGAGCUAUAACUGGAAGUGUGAGCUGGGUGCUUAAGAAGGCCACCGGUUUUCAGUCCUGCGGAAAAGAAAAAGUCAAUUAAAAAGAUGCAGGUUGUACUGAAGGUUGAGCCAUUUCAACAAGUGGAGUUUUGGUUGAUGGGAGUUUGUUUGGGUGAAAUUAAAACUGAGUUCAUUGCUCCGUGAUUCUACAUGUUGAUUGGCACCACCAAAGCAAUCUGGUUACAGUGUCUUGGUCUUUCUCUGGUUUUUAAUGGCUUUAUCUUUUCCUACAUGCAUGUUGCAGAACUUGUUCGUGUGUAGGCUAACAACUACCUAAGAUAUAAUGGUAUGUACACUUACACUAGUUAAAUAUGUAAACACUAGUAUUAUAUUGACUGUGCAAAAAUGCAUGAAACUAACCUGGAUUAAGAUUGAAUAAAUUAUGCCAACAUUAUUUUUUCAGUUGGUGUGAAACACGUUUUAACUGACUAACACAGAUUUAGAAAGUUGCUGACACAAAAAAAAUGGGAUGGUGCUUUGUGAAUACUGAAAAAGGCUUAUUUCCUGUGUAUACAUUGUCAUUAGAAACCCAUUUGUGCUACUAAAUAAAAUAUUCAGGUUAUCAAAUAAAAUAUGAAUAAUACCA